UUCAGUGUAUUCAAAUAUAACUCUUGAUUUCCUCAGGAUUAAUGUCCGUAUUUUUCAUUCAUGUUUGGCAACAAGUCAAGAGAUCUUUGUACUUCAGUCAUCAGUUAGAGUAUUUUUCAUGUGUUCAAUAAUGUUGAACAUUUUCAAUGAUCAGAUGCCGCCCCGUAGGGAACCCGAUCGCCCAGUUCUUCCCCAGGCCACUAUAGUAGCACAGUUCCGCGACUAUCAUCCUGAGAAAUUCUCCGGUCAGGGAGAUCCCCGUAUUGUGGACGAGUGGAUUAAGGGCCUUGAGUUGAUUUUCGAGGUCAUGGACUCUCCCGAUCUCUAUGGCGUUAUAUGCUCACAGCUUCAGCUAACCGGUGAUGCCCGACUCUGGUGGAAUGCUUACAGGAGCAUGCGUCCCGGUGAGAAUGAGGGUUGUACCUGGGAGAGGCUCAAGGAGCUAAUCCGCGAGAAAUACUAUCCCACAUACUACCGAGCAGAGAUGGAGCGACAGUUCCUGUCGCUCAAGCAGGGUACUCGUUCUGUUGAUAAGUACGAGAGAGAGUUUACUAGACUUGCAGCUUUUGUUCCGGACCUGGUGCAUAUGGAGGCACAGAGGGCACAUCGCUUCAUUGACGGGAUUUACCCAGCAGUCAGUCACAACAUUGUAGGUCACGGGACCCAAACCUAUGCUCGUGCUGUUUCGAUUGCCCAAGAGGUGGACGCCAGCAUCCGGAGGAAGGCAAGCCACGAUCGUUCUCAACCAUCCGCCCCCGCCCAGUCAUCCACAGCUCCAUCAGCUCCACAAGCUGCCCAAUUGACGAAGGAUAAGAAGAGGAAGGGGAAAGGCGCCCAGACCGACAGGAGGACCCGCCAGAGGCAACAGCAG